UGAGUACAUUGCCAAGGAGAGUCCUGAAUCCUUUUGGAGAUAUGUUGGAGAAAUAGCCAAGUUAGACCCUAAAUCCACUGCCUUAGAAACUGACCAUGGAAAAUACCACAUGGUCCUGAAGUUUGCUGGCAAGGUUAUCUCCCCUUCUCAGCUGAAGUUACUGCAGCUUUCUUUAUCCCUCAGGAUUUACUCCCCAGCUGUGGAAACAUUCCAACAGCUGGCCGAGGGAGGGCCGGAUGGCUGCUUUGCAUUUGUGAACAUUCACGGACAAACAACAUGUGACCCAGCCGAGGUGAAGUCACUGGUGGAAAAAGCAGCAGAUUUACCAAAACCAUCAGUUUUCAAGUUCGAUCAUGUCUAUCCGGGGUCUACAGAUAAUAACGUUGUCGUAGUACUUUAUGCAGAAGUCGGAAAUGAAGGCUUCCCAGAAUUCCACGAGACAUUACGAGACAUAGCAGAAAAGAAAGAAAUUACCUACGUACUACGGCACUUUGUCAGGGACCCAGCCGAGGAGAAAACACGGCUGUCUGGUUAUGGUGUGGAGUUAGCUAUAAAAAGCACGGAAUACAAAGCCAAGGACGACACAAAAGUAGAAAGUGGAGGUUCGGCCGAUACUGAGGAUGAUGACGUAGAUGAAGUGCAAGGAUUCAUCUUUUCCAAACUCAGAGAGUUGCACCCAGACAGCAAAGACGAUUUGAAAUCUUUUAAGAAUCACCUCGUCGCUUCCUCUACUGAAUUAGCAGCUCUCAAAGUUUGGCAGUUACAGGACUUGAGUCUACAAGCAGCUCAGAAUUUGAUGACCACCCCUACGUCUGAGGUAUUGUCGGUUCUCACGGACAUCAGCCAGAAUUUCCCACAGAGAGCCAGGACGCUAGUGAAGACCGUCCUAACUGAAGAAUUCAAAAAAGAAUUGAAGAAGAACCAGCAGUAUUUUGAAACAAACCAUGGCCUGGCCGCUGGCGAGUCGGCGAUGUUCCUUAACGGCUUAUCUGUAGAUAUGGAAGUGUAUGAUAUCUACAGCCUUCUGGAACUGAUGAGAUCUGAGACUAAUCUAAUGGAAGGACUCUACUCACUCGGCUUCAAGGGCCCAGAGGUCAACCAGAUUUUAAGACUGGACCUGAGUGGUGACUCGGAGGACUUUGCAUUAGAUAUCAGACACACUGCUGUUUCUUACUUGAAUGACCUUGAGACUGACCGUAAGUACAAGAACUGGCCGAGCAGUGUACAGGAUAUUCUGCGGCCAACAUUCCCGGGCAUGCUCAGACACGUCGCCAAGAACUUCUUCCAUAUGGUUUUUGUCGUGGAUCCUUUAGAAAAGAACAGUAGAGAAUUGCUGAAGAUGGCCGAGGCGUUUCUGGUGCACAGCGCACCAAUACGAAUCGGUAUAGUGCUUGUCGUCGACUCUGAUCGAGAGGUGACAGGGUAUGAUGACGCAGGAGUGGCCAUUUCUCGAGCUUUUGAUUACCUAAUUAGGGAGGAGAGUGCAGAAAGGGCAAUAUCUUUCAUCACUGAUGUGUAUGAGAAAGCUCAGUCCAAGGAUCUGACCGCAGACAUAGUAGUAAAGGAAUUCCAUCGCUCCUAUGCUGACGCCGACGAAGGAUCAGUUUUUGGGGACGACGAAGACUACAAUAUCCUCAGAAAGGCUUCCAACGAUUUUGUGUCCAAAUCGGGGCUGAAGGAUUUCCCCCAGGUCCUUAUGAAUGGUGUGCCGAUGGACAAGAAACACCUGACGGAGGAAGCGUUUGAGGAGGGUGUGGUCUCCUCGAUCAUCGCCCACACCCCGGCCAUACAGAAGGCUGUGUACCAAGGCACUCUCCAUGACUCUGUCAACGUUCAAGAAUGGCUCAUGGAGCGUGACAAUGUCCUGCCUCGACUAAACUCAAGGGUGCUCACGCCAGCCAAGAAAUCUCUUGACUUUACUGUUAGACUGGAAGCCGACGUGUACAAUGACGUACAUAAAUUCAGCGUGCUGAACACCAAAGCUAUGACUUCCAUUAUGACCCAGAAUAUGAAAUAUUUAACAAGGAAAGAUGAGAACAUGCUCCGACCUGUAACCAUGUGGGUCGUCUGUGACCUUGAGACUCCAGAAGGUCGAGAUCUGUUGUAUUCCGCUCUCAAACAACUGAAACACUCACAUGACCUGAGACUAGGCGUGAUAUUUAACAGUCGGCCAUGGAGGGCAGAUGAGGACUACCCCAUAUCCCGCGCUGUGUAUGCUGCCCUUACUAACCUUGAGCCAGGUCUCGCCAAAUCCUUCAUCACCAAACUGGUAAAGGAAGAAAAUGUUAAAGCCCUCCUCGCUGGUGACAAAAAGCUCAGUGAUUUUGAGGUCAACGGUAUGGACACUAUGACUUUCUUACUGGCAGAGGAAGUCCAGACUAUCGACUUCAUCAAGGUCCACCGAGCGUUUGUUGACAAGGUGUUAGGGUGGGAGGAGUCGGCGAGGGGAAUACUGGCUAACGGUCAGGUUCUGGGUCCCCUCGACGAAGGCGAGCGAUUUAUACAGGAUGAUGUCGACCUAUUCCAGAAAUAUGUCUUCCAGAAUUCUGCCAAGAAAAUCAAGGGUCUGCUCCAAACCUUGGGACACAAGGAUGAGAGAGGCAGUGACCUUGUGAUGAAGGUGUCGUCUCUCCUCAGUCAGUCUGGGUCAACGAAAGAGAGGAAGGAGGUCCAGUACUCCGGUGACCAACACAGUGUUAUCAAACUGGCUGCCAUUCCUGGAGGCCCGGCCUACCAGAUAGAGGUUAUCCUUGAUCCAGCCUCGAGGGACGCCCAGAAAAUGUCGGCUAUCCUUAUGAUUUUGAGGGAAGUUGCCAAUGUGGACAUCAAGAUAUACAUGAACUGUAAAGACAAAUUGUCUGAGUUACCUGUGAUUACAUUUUACAGAUAUGUGUUAGAACCAUCCGUAUCAUUUAAAGUAGAUGGGUCCUAUUCAGAUGGUCCCAUGGCCAAAUUUACUGACAUGCCAACCAAGUCCCUGCUCACACUUGGAAUGAGCCCAUCUGAAAGCUGGUUGGUGGAGGCAGUGAAGGCCCCUUACGACCUUGACAAUAUUCUGUUAGAGGAGACAAAGUCGGGAAUAAACGCUGACUUCGACCUGGAGUAUCUUCUGUUGGAAGGACAUUGUUCUGACAGUACGACUGGACAGCCACCAAGAGGACUCCAGUUUACACUUGGCCGUAACCAGACGGAGGCUGCCGUGGACACCAUCGUUAUGGCAAAUCUGGGUUACUUCCAGUUGAAGGCAAAUCCAGGUACCUGGUUCUUAAAACUCAGAGAAGGAAGGUCGCUCGAGCUCUACAAUAUUGCAAGCCACGAGUUUACGGACACACCUGCUGGGUCUGAUGACGUUGUCGUGGUGAUGAACAGCUUCAAAAGUAAAAUCAUCAGAAUAAAAGUUGCAAAGAAACCAGAGAAGAAUGAGGAACAGUUAUUGGUUGACGACCAGGAGCGAGGAAUCUGGGAAUCUAUUUCAAGGUAUCGGACAUGGUCUCGGAUAGGAUACAUUUAAAAGCUCAAAAUUAAAAUGCAGCCAUUGUGAGA